ACACGCUUUUUUGGGCCACAGACAGAUCUGAUGACGGCACUUGAUGCGUUCAACAGACGCCUCUACAAAUAAAGUCACUACUUUCGUCUCGUCCAUCAACUGUGGCUCAUCACAGGUAGAUUCGGGAUUGAUCAACUCAAGCGUGCCUAGGAUCAUUGACCAUAAGCCCGGGGAGAAUUUCACAUUUUGCGCAGUCGAGUACUCCUGCAGCUUCUCCAACACGCCACUCUAUGAUUGUAUCGUUAACGAAUCAAUUUUAUUGGACCCUUUGUUUGAAAUACCAGGAUCAGAUGUUAAUAGUGUACAUGUCACAGAAGAUGCUGUCAAUGUAAAAAAAGAUUUAAUUGUUUAAGAGGUCGUCCAAUUGUUAUUAAAUAGAC